UCUUUAUUGACAGAUGUUUCACAAAUUUGCAUAAUUUAAAAUGCCUCCCAGGCCUAUCAACUGAUGCCUCAGAAAGGUGUGUCGGAAAGAUAACAGAGUCCCAGCUGGGGCCACAGACUGCACUCCAGAUGUCUUUGGUGGUUUUCUGGUACUGACUUUUGAGAGCCAGCUCAUGAUCUCAGGAUGUAUGAAAAAACAAUAAUACUAACUGUAUUACUACUCUCAGGCUAUAGUUCCUCUCAACUAGCUACUGAAAGUGUCUCAGUGACUCACGAAUCACCAGUAAGGGCCACGACUGUUCAAUCACCACAUGUGGUUACCACAGAGGCCUUACCGUUCAGCAUUCAUGGAGACGGACUACUUGAACACAUUUUUUCUGCGGGAGAGAUAACAGGGAUUGUGUAUGCAGUAAUGGUUGGUAUCAUCGGAACUAUCCUCUCAAUUGCCUUCUGUAUUAAACAACUAACAAAGAAAACUCCAUCUCCCCUGCAAACUGCACAACCAGAGGGGGCAGAUCCUGAAAGUUCUAUAGAAACAAGAAAUCCAGAGGAGUAAUUCAUGAGAAUCUGCUCAUCAAGCCAGAUUUUGGAAGAAGUCAAAGACACGAGACUUCAGUCAAGUGAAAAAUGAAUGUGUGAAUUACACACUCCAAUAUAGCGUAUACCUUCCUAAGCUGUACGUACUUCAGGAUGAAAAUUUCAUUGUUAUGAGUCCAGUGACUCAGUGAUGGAAAAUGUCUGUAUUCAUUAGUUGUCUAUUUCAAAAUGUAGAACAAAUAUUUUCUUUCAUGCUUGCUUUUGUGUGUUAGCAUUAUUUUUAUAAUUAAUUGAUUUGGAAUUCUGAUCCCCAAACUUUGGUUGGCUUCAUCCGCAGUUAUUUACAAGUGAUUUAUUCUAUUUUAUUAUACUUUAAUGAUCGUGCUGUCGAAUGAAAGGCUUGUCACAUCUAGACGAAAUCUAAGUUCUCAUUCCAAACUUCUGCAUCUUGUCAUUUUUUUACAUAUAUUAAGGGACCUGAAAUCCUAAUAUUUCCCUCAUUGCAAGAUAGGGGAUUACACUGAUGAUGAUGAUGAUGAUAUUUUAGUCACAUGAGUAAACCUUGUGUUUGGAGAUGCCUUCCAUACACACAUGCAUAAAAACAUGAGUUAUAUGUAACAUAGAUAUAGAUGUAUAAAAUGACAUUCACAUUCCUUCUCUCAUAAUAAAACAACACAAAAAGUUUCUCCCAUGUUAAAAGGAAGCUGCAUGUGUGUAAAUGACCUAUUUAAAAGAGUUUGUCUGACAGUCGAGCAUUAACUCUUUCAGGGCACUGACAGAUGCUUUGUGUUCCACUGGAAGAGUUAUUUAUGUAAGAGGUCACAGUGUCCUGACAAAGAAAGGAAUUAAUGACUUUACCUUGCAGAGUUAAUAACCCUAUAAAUUCAGUAAGAUGUGCCAAUUUGACAAGCAGGUGAAUAUUUUAAUAAUUUGUACUGUGUUCUCAAUUGAAUUCUUUAAUCCAUCCAGUCCUACAUUCUCUUCUUAAUAAAGCUUUGGAAAUUAGCUUAAAUAAUCCAAAGGAAAUUUCUAGACAUGAGACUAAGGCUUUGUAACUACACAGCUCUCACUCAUUUAUAGUAAAAUUUAAAAAGCAAUAUAAAAACAAAGAAGUGCCCUCCUGUGAUAUUCUAUUUCCAAAUUGCUACAAAUCCAUACGGCUUUUCAUUGUGAUAGUUAAGUAAAUAAUAUUAUGUACACAUUUGGGCUUAGCAGCUUACAUUUUUUUAAAUAAAUUACAAAAUCUAAAUCUUAACAUACACAUUUUUUCUGAGUGUUACUUUGUUAAAUUGAUCAUUCAGCUGAAAAGAAGAAUAGGAUAUUUCUGUUAGUGUGUAUUUUUUUAAGGUAGUUUUAACAGUAUUAUUGGGUUAAUUUAAUCAAAUGAAUGACUCAAGCACCAAGGCAAUUUUUUUUAUUCAUUUUUUUGCACGAAGGCAAUUUUAAAUGUACUUUUUUCAAUAAAAAUAAAAUGUUGAACCAAGAGAGAACAGACUCAGUUUGUUGCUAACGCAAUUUACGAAUCAAAGACAAGAGACUAGAGUGACUGUACCAUCUCAGCAAGAGCAAGAGAAUUCGGAGAAUAAUGAAAGUAUGAAUUGCUUUAAACUCCUGGAACUUUUCCAGUUAAUUUCUCUGUACUUUGAUCUGUGGACUUUUCACACUUCAAUUUAAUGUUUGUAGGAAGAAAUUACCUUUACUCUCUUCAUGUUGUUAUAAUUAAACCAUCCUAUAAUGAUAGUAAAGAAAUCUUACCUUGGAAGCCAA